AUGGAAAAUGAUGAGGAGAAAAUGGCUGGGGACCGAGUAUCCCUCAAGCGGAGCAGAAUAGACUUUGAAGCCGAUGAGUCGACAGAGGAUGACUCUGAAUACAACGGAGUCGAUGACUCCGAGGAAGAAGAUUGGUGGAGGGAAGAUGAGAGCGAAGCUGAAAGCGAAGAUUUGGACUGUGAACGGGACAUUGAAGAGCACGAGUACAACAUUUCCGGUGACGCGGCACGAACCCUGACAAUUCAACUUUUUUGGAUCGAUGAGCAAAUCGGCAAGUUCAACUGUAUGAAAAACUUUGUCGCCAAAUGCACUUGCGAUGGUAUCGUUGUCGCCACCGCUUUAGCUCGGUAUAUUCAUCGAGAGAAGAUGCGCUCUAAAUUCUGGGAAAAGAUGGAAGAGCCCAGCGAGGAAACGUGCCAUGUGGCCUUCCAUGUCUUUGAUCGAUAUGGAACAGUCAAGACCAAGUAUAAGGAUCAUCCAGUGCGAAGAGGAACUGGUGUGUGGGGAAACGAACUUGAUCAUGGCCCUCUUUUCCUAAUUGAAAAACUUCAUGUUACAGUACUGGAACUACGUCGGAAAGGGCUGGGACGGAAGAUGGUGUCUUUACUUUUGGAAAAAGCCAAACAGUUCUGCCUAGACGAUAAGCCAGACGGCAAACAUGCAGAUAUUUUCUACGGGUCCAAUGAGGUCUUUGAGCGAGCAUGGACCCUACAUGCUCUAGUGAGUCCUGGAUAUCUAACAGCUGAUAUUGAAUCGCAGCUAGUGGGCAAAUCCGCAGAAGAACGCUUGAUGACACGGGCUCAAAUUGAAGCCGGUGCUAUUGACUUUUGGCGAUCGUGCGGUUUUCGCAGAAUCGGAGCAUCUCACUGUUUGGCAUUUUCGUUCGAUCUCCAUCAUCAGUCUCGCGCUCUCGCGGCGGCUUCUGAUUUCGACCCGCGUAGAAGCCAUGCUGAAGAUCUUGAGGCCGAAGAACUCGAAGUUAUCUAUGAAUCAGAUCCGUUUACUAAGGUACAGGAACCGAAAUUAGAAAGACUCCGUGAUGCGAUGCCACUGCAUCAUGCAGCUCUCACUCUGACGGACGAGGAACUCCAAGCUUUUUUCGUCACUCAUGCUGAUGACAAGAUUGGCUGGGAUCGAUUGACCAACUCUGAAGCCACGCUUUUGCAUCUUACAGCUUGCGAGUUUAAGCCCCUAAGUACACGGUGGCUACUUGAGAAUGUCCGUCACGCCGGCUCCUGGAAAGCGACUCGUGACAUUGACGGGUAUACCCCGCUGGAAGCAUUGCAGGAGAAGUUAGAGAAAAUGCGAACACGAAAGGAAUAUGGCUUUUCCAGGAUAUUGAAUAUAUCAGAUCACUUUGAAGGAAACCCUGACACCGCAGUGUCCUCUCUCUCCUUGCUGUACGGGCAGGAUGCUGGGGGGUUGAAAAAAGCAUGCCUUCGAUACGGGUGUACAUGCGGAGAGUGCGUGGAAGGAUUUCUAUCCGCCCGAAUGAGGAGCUCUCUGCGCUUUCAGGGCGAGAUUACGUACGACCUUAUGCAGGAUGAUAUUGAUGAUGGCGGCCUUUGGGUAGAGCUCAACGACUUCAAGCUGGAGCACCUCGAGCCCGAUGUGCGACACAACCUCGAAACCAACAAAUCACUUCGAAAAGGCUUUGUAAAUAUCUUCAAAAUUGCCGUGGAGUGUCUUGAGGCGAAAAAGGUUCCCACCGCAGAAAAUCUCGAGUGGUGCUAUAACGAUCGGAGCGAGUGGCCACCAGAUACUAAGAACUACCUGCGACGCGCUGGGACGCAGGUGGGCUGCCGGGCAGUGCUUCGGGAAAUGUUCGACGCCGCUAAAAAAGAGGAUGAGAAAGCAGGCGAUGGAGAGUGUCAGCGCAUAUUGAAGGAGGAAUGGUCAGACCUUCCAAUUUGCAGAAACGAUCAUGAGUUUGAAUUUGUUGCCAGGGCUUGUGGCUACGGUGGGGAUGAUUUCAUUUCGUUACCAUACUGUGACCUGUGA